AUGCCACGCGCUGGCACGGUGAUCGGGGUCUUUGGCGUCCUCUUGGGCGUCAUCUUGGCCCUCCAGCUUGCCUUCAACUUCCAGGGCUCCCGUCAGCCACUUCAGUUUGGACGUUCAGUGCCGGUCGAGCAAGCCCCUGCCAGCAGGGCAACGGCCCAGGAUGGCGAUAUAUUCAACCUUGGCGUUGGAAAGGCCGAUGUUACAGGACCUGUCGUAGAGAUUACGUUUAUGGGGUUUGCGGACUCUGAGCAAAAGGGAACUGGCCUCCGUCAGCGUCUUUACUCUCGCACAUUUAUCAUUGAAAACCCCAAUAAGCCUGAAGAUACCUUCGCUUAUAUCGUUACUGAUCUCGCUGCUGGUGAUACCGCCGUGCGAGAUGGCGUCAUCAAGGGACUUGCUUCCAUGGGACCCGAGUACGCUCGCUACGGAGCACACAAUAUUGCUCUGUCUGGAACCCAUUCGCAUGCUGGACCUGGUGCCUGGCUCAACUACCUGCUGCCACAGAUCCCCAGCUCGGGUUUCGACAAGGCGAGCUACCAAGCCAUUGUUGACGGCGUUCUUCUUUCCAUCAAGAGGGCUCAUGAAGCCAGAGCCCCUGGUCGUUUGAGCUUCGAUUCCACCGAGCUUGUAGACGGCAACAUCAACAGGAGUCCAUAUUCAUACAUGGCCAACCCUGAAGAUGAGAGGAAACGAUACCAAUAUGACACCGACAAGACGAUGAGUCUUUUGCGGUUUGACCGUAAAUCGGAUGGCAAGACUACAGGCGUGCUGACCUUCUAUUCCGUCCACGGAACCUCUCUGUUCGGAAAUAACACUCUCGUCGCAGGUGACAACAAGGGUGUUGCAGCUUACCUGUUUGAAAGAAGUGCUCGAGGCGACGACCGGUUUGCAGACGGCUUUGUUGCUGGAUUUUCUCAGUCCUCUGUUGGAGAUACGUCUCCCAACACGAUGGGACCCUUCUGUGAAGAUACCGGUUUGGAUUGCAAAUUUGAAGAUAGUACCUGUGAUGGAAAGACUGCAAAGUGCCAUGGACGUGGUCCCUAUUACCGCGAGCUGGACCAGGGAACCAAGAGUUGCUUCGAAAUUGGACGUCGACAAUAUAAUGCCGCGAAGAGCGUUUAUGACAAAAUGGAUACCUCCGCGAAGAAGCUCACGGACAACUCCGCAGUCAAGGCAUUCCACGUUUUCCAAAACUUCGACGGAUACACCUUCCCGUCGCCAUUCAACCCCCGCAAGACUUUGUCUACCUGCUCGGCAGCCUUGGGCUUCUCCUUUGCUGGCGGCACGACUGACGGCCCAGGAAAAUUCGACUUCACCCAGAACGGCACUGAUUCGCCUGGCACAAUGAAUCCGAUCUGGUACAUUGCGCGAGACUUCCUCCACGCCCCCACCAAGGAACAGCAGGCCUGCCAAAAGCCUAAGAAGAUUCUCCUCGAUGUCGGCGAUUUGACCUUCCCUUAUGCCUGGACUGCCAACAUCAUUGACAUCCAGGUGCUCCGAGCCGGGCCAUUGCUCAUCAUCGUUGCCUCCCCUGAAGUUACCACCAUGGCCGGCCGAAGAUGGAAACAAGCAAUUGCAACUGCCGCAAAGGAUGUCCUGGGCAUUAGCAACCCGCUCGUCGUCCUAGGUGCACCAUCAAACACCUACUGCCACUACGUCACCACUGAGGAAGAGUACGGCAUCCAGCGUUACGAGGGUGGCUCUACACUACACGGCCCAAACACCCUCGCCGCCCACGUCAACCUCACCCUCACCUACCUACCAUACCUAUCCUCGAGCUCCAACGAGCGCCCUGCUCCAGGUCCAUCUCCACCAAUCAACACUGAAAAGUCCCUUAGCUUCAUCACCGGUGUGGUCCUGGACAACCCCGGCGUCGGCAAGAAAUUCGGCGACGUCGUCAACGGGCCAGAAAAGGGCAAAACCUUCCACCCCGGCGAGACAGUCAGCACCACAUUCGUCGGCGCCAACCCACGUAACAACUUCAGGCUGGAAAAGACCUUCACCGCCGUAGAGCGUCAAGUUCCCAACACCAACAAUUGGGAAGUUGUCCGUACCGACGCUGACUGGAACUUGGUAUACCGCUGGAAACGCAUUGGCGCCAUCAUCGGAACUAGCGAGGUUACUCUCGAAUGGCAAAUCGAAGACGAUUACUACUCUAUCGGAAACAAGAAGAAGCUCGAGAGCGGAACAUACCGUCUUCAUUAUUAUGGAGACUCGAAGGCACCUGUUACUGGGAAAAUUUCUGCCUUUGAAGGUAUUGGGCCCUCAUUUAAGGUUGCAGUUUAG